AUGGUCAUGAAGAAAAAGAAUGGCAAAUGGAGAGUUUGUGUCGACUACACCAAUUUGAACGACGCCUGCCCUAAAGACUGGUUCCCACUCCCGAAGAUCGAUCAACUUUUGGAUGCCACGGUUAGCAAUGCUUGGUUAAGCUUCUUAGACGCCUACCGAGACUACCACCAGAUCGCAAUGGAUCCUGACGACAUGGAAAAGUCGGCGUUCAUUACUCCAUAUGGCAUCUUCUUGGAAGCAUACAUCGACAACCUUAUCGUCAAAAGCCAAAAGGAGUACAACCACCUUCAAGAGUUGGCCGAAGUCUUCAAAAUUCUCAAGUUCCACAAGCUUCGCUUGAACGCAGAAAAAUGUGCGUUCGGCAUGAGCGCGGGAAAAUUUCUUGGACACUUGGUCACCAGAUGCGGUAUCGAGACCGACCCCACCCAAAUCAAAGCCGUUGCAGACUUGCGCCCACCACGAACAAUCAGAGAAGUCCAGAGACUAACAGGCAUGGCGGUGGCCCUAAACUGGUUCAUUAACAAGUCCUCAGAUAAGUGCCAUGCAUUUUUCCAUGCAUUAAAAAGGAAAAGCCAACGCAGUUUUCGAGUGGACUCCGGACUGCGACAAAGCAUUAGCCAAACUCAAAGGCUACCUGAGCUUGGCUCCACUAAUGGUGAAACCAAAAUAAUUCGAAACCCUUUACUUGUACCUCGCGGUCUCAGCUCAUGCAGUCAGUUCAGCACUGAUUUGUCCCAUACAAUCACCAUCUUGACGGAGCACCCUCUCAAGAGCCUUUUUCAGAAAGCUGACCUCUCCAACAAGGUCUCCAAGUGGGCCGUUGAAUUGGCAAAUUUCGACAUUCGCUUUCAGCCACGAACGACAAUUAAGGGGCAGAUUCUCGUCGACUUCAUAGCUGAACUAACUCCAGAAGAUACGGAUAUUCUCAACACUCCCACACCACCCCAACCCGUCGAUGGUAGCUCUAACAGCAAUGGAGCAAGAACAAGGGUCGUCUUGGUCUCCCCUUGCGGGACACUUCAUGAAAGCGCUAUCAGCAUCGACUUCCCCGCCACAAACAAUGAAGCCGAGUACGUGGCCCUUUUGGCUUGCUUGCGUUCGGCUCUUGCAAUGAAGGUCGACAACCUGGCCGUCUUUUGCGACUCCCAACUCAUAGUCAACCAGGUUCUGAGGGACUAUGAAGCAAGGGACCCCAGGAUGAUGAAGUACCAAGAAACGGCGACCGAACUUAAUCAACACUUUAAGAAAUUCAAGAUCGAGCAAAUCAACCGUGAGCACAACGCCCAUGCCGACGCUGUGGGUUGGGAGUUCUAUACUCAUUUGCAAGCCAAGUUUCCUGAGUUCCUGCCUUGCGGACAAGGCUCUCAACAAGGGAGUGGGAAUGAUACGCACCUACCCAGAUUAAAAUGGAAGAAAAUAUUGAUGACAAUAUUGAGCAAUGCUCUUCGAGUGCUGCUUAACAUCCGAAGAGGUCCACUUCAUCUGUAUGGGAUGAAUUUGAAAAAUUGCCUCAUGGUGCUGAUGGAAAAAUUAGGGCCAAGUGUAUUUUAUGUGGGCUACAAUAUGUCAUUGGUAGACCAAGAGAUGUACCAUGCAAAAAUGGCCAUGACAAUUACUAAGCACAAUUACCCUUUUACAUUUGUGGAACAUGAAGGAAUUAGAGACAUACAUUCUUUUUUAAAUCCAAUGGUGAAAUCUGUUUCAAGAAAUACAGCAAAGGCGGAUGUAUUGAAGCUAUUUGAAAGGGAUACAGUAACAUUGAAACGUACAUUAGAAUCCAUUACAAGUAGGAUAUGCCUAACUUCAGAUUUAUGGUCUUCCCUAACUAGUGAUGGAUAUCUAGCUCUUACGGCACAUUACAUUGAUGAGGAUUGGGUUCUAUAG